AUGUGCUACACGAGGAUCCUGGAAAUCACGGAGGAGCUGAGGCCAAAGCCUGAGAACGCCAUCACCAUCGCGGUGUCAUCACGAGCGCUUUUCCGCAUGGAGGAGGAGCAGAAAAUUUACAACGAACAAGGGGUGGAGGCCUACGUGAAAUACCAGCUGGACCACGAGAACGAGCCCUUCCUCCCUGGGGCUGCCUUCCCCUUCGUCAAGGCGCUGGAAGCGGUGAACACGCAGCUGCGCAAGCUCUACCCUGACAGCGAGGAGCUCUUCGACAUCGUCCUCAUGACCAACAACCAUGCCCAGGUUGGGGUUCGCUUGAUCAACAGCAUCAACCACUAUGAUCUGUUCAUCGAGAGGUUCUGCAUGACAGGAGGGAACAGCCCCAUCUGUUACCUCAAGGCCUAUCACACCAACCUCUACCUCUCCUCCGACGCCGAGAAAGUGAGUGGGGCCAUUGAAGAGGGGAUUGCUGCAGCCACCAUCUUCAGCCCCAGCAAAGAUCUGGAGGUGUCGGAGAACCAGCUGCGGGUGGCAUUUGAUGGUGACGCCGUGCUCUUCUCCGAUGAGUCGGAGCAGAUCGUGAAGGCUCACGGCUUGGACAUGUUCUUUGAGCACGAAAAGGCUCACGAGAACAAGCCUCUGGCACAGGGACCCCUGAAGGGCUUCCUGGAGGCCCUGGGGAAGCUGCAGAAGAAGUUCUAUUCCAAGGGGCUGAGGAUGGAGUGUCCCAUUCGCACCUACCUGGUCACUGCCAGGAGCGCGGCCAGCUCGGGAGCCCGGGCCCUAAAGACUCUGCGCAGCUGGGGCCUGGAGACAGACGAGGCCUUGUUCCUGGCCGGGGCUCCCAAGGGGCCGCUGCUGAAGAAGAUCCGUCCUCACAUCUUCUUCGACGACCAGAUGUUCCACGUGGAGGGAGCCAAGGAGAUGGGCACUGUCGCUGCCCACGUGCCCUACGGCGUGGCCCAGAAGCAGAAGCGGCCGGCGCAGGAGAAGCAAACCCCGAACAGCAAGUAGCGGAGCUGGCUGAUCCCGUGGCCCCCGGCGUGCGGCACAGGCUUCGCCCGGGCUCGUGGUCUGCGAGGCAGAGGGCAUUUGCCCCGGCAAGCGCAAGGUUAUUCCCCAGCCGGAGCCUUGUCGGGGGGCACGGACGGGGGAGGGGGCUGACGAAAGGCUUCCUUUCGCCUCUCUAUUCGUUGCAAUGUCGUGGCGUUGUCCCCGUUCCUCGUGGGGCCGGCGGCUCCCCGCGCCGGGCAGCCCCGUGGGCCGUUUCCCCGUUCGUUCGUGCUCUGCGCUUGCUUCGGGCAAAAUCCCUCGAGGAUGGAUCUUUUUUUUUUUUGCGGACUGUUUGUGCCAGGCAGGUUUAACCUACUGACAUUUCUUUAAAACCCCAGGUAAUUCCCAAAGCCUUUGAUUUACAAAGCAAAUGUUGAGGCUGAACUGUUGAACUGGAAAGUUGGGAGCACACAAAAACCCUCCCUGCAGCUUUGAAACAAAAUAUUGUCCCUUUUAACUAAAAUUAAACCAUAAUAUUGUUCCUUCACAGACCCAGCCCCUGCUCCCCAACGAACAUCUUUCAUGUUUUUGUCCUUUCACCAAGAUUUUGUCAGCUGAACAGCUUUCCUUUCAUGCACUAAAA